AAAUUUAUGAACUCCUCUUUAGAUCCAUCUUCGUCUCUCUCAUUCGAGUUGCAGAGAUAUAUAUAUAUAUAUUUACAUAAUUUUUAUAUAUAUAAAUAUAAAUAUCAACAUAUUAUUUAUUUUUAUCUAUAAAUAUUUAUAUAUGAGAAAACAAUAAACACCUCUGGUCACCUUAGAUUACGGAACUAAUCUCCUAAACCAUAAACCAAAAAAAGAAGGCCUUAGGCCCAAACCGACGGUUCCCUCUCUUUCUCUCUCAGUCAAAAAUAUCUGAAACCCUUUUCUCCAUUUUCUCUUUUCAUUUUCUGGGUUUCUCUCAUUUUACACUAUUCUAUAUUUUCCUGUUGGGACAAUCAUUUCGGGAAUUUUCUCAUUCUUUUUUUCAAAGUUCUGGGUAUAUACAUAUAUUGGGUUUUUCAUUUCUUCCCGGCGAUGACGACGUCCGGUGGCGGUGGCCCUAACGCUGCUGCCUGUGCCUCGUCCAACGGCACUAGCCCGAGAUUACCACCGGGACCAACAGCAACGCGGCGGCGCGUGACUGACUUAAUAGCCGAGGGCUGCGCCGACCGUACCUCGAACUUGUCAGACGCGCCGUCGGUGGAAGAAGAAGACCAUUACGAUCCUCCCGGAACUACUCCCUCCUCCGUCGGACCUUUUCACCACCAUCACCAUCUACACCACCAUUAUUGCCACCAUCAUCACCCCGUGACAAAGUAUCUGCUGCUUCGCAGGCGCAUGUUCUCCUGUGUACCCGAGAAGUGGUUAAUUCGUAUUGAGGAUGGUUUUUAUUGGAUGGCUACGAUUAUUCAGUCGCUUAGAUCGGGGAAGAAUCUGGGCCGUAGGAUCAUUCUGGCUCUUUUAUUGAUGGCUGUCGUAUCGUUAUUUGUCAAAUUCUCUUUCCUGAGUAGCCACGUGGAUGUUGAUACCAAUGUUAAAGAGAACAAUGGACUUUUGAUUUUACAGACCUUCAAGGAUGACUCGGCCAUGGCUGCUCAACAGGCCAUAACCGAGUCCCAAACUUCCAUGCCUAAACGUGUUCUUGAGAGAUUUUCUGCUCCAGAAAUAUGGAUGAGACCAAACAGUGACAAUUUUCACAAAUGCAUUGCUCGACCCAAGAAUCGAAUAAGGACAGGUUCUAAAACAAAUGGUUAUCUUCUUGUUCAUGCUAAUGGUGGACUAAAUCAAAUGAGAACUGGGAUUUGUGACAUGGUUGCUGUUGCAAAGAUUAUGAAUGCUACUCUUGUUCUUCCUUCUCUUGAUCAUGAGUCAUUUUGGACUGAUCCAAGUGAAUUUAAGGACAUAUUUGACUGGAGACACUUCAUGGAAGUUCUGAAAGAUGAUAUAGCAAUAGUUGAAUAUUUGCCUUCACACUAUGCAUCCAUGAAGCCCUUACUUAAGGCCCCUGUUUCCUGGUCUAAGCCUAGCUAUUACAGGAACGAAAUGAUUCCAUUGCUUAAGCGUUACAAAGUGGUAAAGUUCACUCAUACUGAUUCUCGCCUCGCUAAUAAUGGCCUUGCAUCCUCAAUUCAAAGGCUUAGAUGUCGUGCCAAUUAUGAGGCGCUUCGGUACUCGAAGGAUAUUGAGGAUCUGGGGAAAGUUUUGGUUGAUAGGCUUAGGAACAACAGCGAGCAAUAUGUUGCUGUGCAUUUAAGAUACGAGAAAGACAUGCUAGCAUUCACAGGCUGCAGCCAUAACCUUACCUCAGACGAAGGUGAAGAGCUUCGGGCUAUGAGGUAUAAUGUCAAGCAUUGGAAAGAGAAAGAGAUUGACAGCAUAGAACGGAGACUCCAAGGAGGAUGUCCCAUGUCACCAAGAGAAGCAGCCAUGUUCCUCAAAGCCAUGGGAUAUCCUUCCACCACAACCAUCUACAUUGUUGCAGGAGAGAUCUAUGGCAGCAAUAGCAUGGCAGCCUUUCGGGCAGAGUACCCUAAUGUCUUCUCUCACUCCACUCUUGCAACAGAAGAAGAGUUAGAGCCUUUCAAGCCUUACCAAAAUCGACUUGCUGCAUUGGACUAUAUCGUGGCACUUGAUAGUGAUGUCUUUGUUUACACCUAUGAUGGAAACAUGGCAAAGGCGGUUCAGGGCCAUAGGAGAUUCGAUGGAUUUAAGAAGACUAUCAACCCUGAUAGGCAAAGUUUUGUUAAACUGAUUGAUCAGUUAGAUGAGCAUAAUUUAUCAUGGGAAGAGUUUUCGUCUGAGGUUAAGAGUCUACAUUCAUACAGACUUGGUGCACCAUAUCUGAGACAGAUUGGAGAGUCACCAAGGUUAGAGGAGAACUUUUAUGCAAACCCUUUUCCUGGUUGCAUAUGUAACAAGUCUCAAGAACCAGUUACAAACUCAAAGUUUGUACAGACACAUAGACGAAGUUUGAGGAUGACCACAGCUCGACCAGAGUGACUAAAGUGAGUGAUGAGAGCACAAAGUUGAAUAUACAACUUAUAAUGUUAUUGCUUUUAGUGGUAGCUGCUAUUCAUUGGAAGACUGCAGCUCACAACAUACACUACAUCUAUACAAGGUCGAAGAAGUUGAGGAUUCCCUCGUGAUGGUUUGAACAUACAAAGUUUUAAGAGUUUUGGUGUCCCAACAUUUGAGGGCCUCUGUCUUUACCUGUGAAUUUUUUUUAGAAGCACAGAAGAUGGUUGGUUUACAUUUUUUUUAAAGGGAAAUUCAGGAUAGUUUCUAUGGUACAGAUGCAGCAUCCCUGUCAGAUAUUGAGGUAUAAAUUCGUUAAUUCGUUAUUUUUCUUUUUCUUCUUUUGAUUUGAUUGUCAAAGCCAAUAGUCAAAUUGAGCUCCAAUGGUUGUUGAAUCAAAAACUCAUAUACUUCAGAAUUGUUUCAUAAUACAAAUCAGGUUAUACAUUUUCCUC